AUGAUUUUGAUAUUUUUUAUUAUUGUUUUAACUUUUUUUAUUUCACAAUCUUACGAAAAUGUUCUUUUAACGGUUCCAUAUAAUGAACAUUUUAAUGGUCAUUCAAGUAGAUAUGAAUAUCAUGGAAUGCUUUUUAGUAAAAAAAAAAAUUUAAUGCAAGCUGUUAUACUUGACUUUCCACAAGUACCUUUUAAAGACAUAUUAUUAAAAAAAGAAUUUUUAACUUUUGGAAACAGAAUAAAUGAUACACGUCAUGAUGGAAGAUAUCUUCAGGUUAAUUUAAAAGGUGAAUCAAUAUUUAAAACUCUUCCAUCAAAUAAAUUUCCAGUUCAACUUUCUCAAUAUGGUACACAAUUUUAUUAUUCUUGUAAUAAAAGUUUAUAUAAAACAUUAAAAGAAGCUAUCUAUUUUUGUGAACUUUUAGAAAAAUAUAGUAAAGUAAAAUCACAAUACAAACUUUUAGGAAAAGAUCCUUAUGCAUCUAGAAUGUGGAUUGGUGUUUGGAGUGAAUGUUUUUAUGAUUGUUUUUCAAGACAUCACUUUGAAGAAUUAAAAACAAGAUUUCUUAGAGAAUUAUAUAUGUUAAGAAAGGUAUACAAUGGUAGGCCACUUAGAAUAAAUUUUUAUUUAGAAACUAUGGCAGAAAAGCAAGCUUUAAAAAAUGCUAAGUCAAAUCAACUUUUAAUAAAAGGUAGUGAAAAAACUAAAAUACAUGAAGUUGCUGCUUUUGCUAGUCCACCAUUUGCUAGUUUACAAGUUAAUAAAUGGUAUAACGACUAUUUAGAAACGAAAAAAAAUAAAAAUAACAAAUUUAAAAUAAGCAGAGUUGAAUCAAGCCAGUUUAGAUUUUUACUUUCUCCAAUAGUAAGGGAAGUUGGAGUUGGAAUUACUCUAGAAAAAAAAACAAUAUCUAUUGUUUUUGCAUUUAAGUAA